AAAUCACCCACAUACUUACUAUCUGUCAAUAGAGCAUACAUAUCAUCCGAUGUGUCAACUUCGUUGGGGAGCUUCCACUGGAUGAUGCAUGCUAUCUAUCUAUGACGAUACCGGAGACAUGUGAGAGACCCGGUCCUUGGAACGGGUUUGUUUACGUGUCGAUUGUUACCGUUAGGAACACCGAUAAAUCCUAUUUUGUACCGGCGCACAGUAGUUUGCAGAUCCCCAGCCCGGAGAUCACCUCAUGACACGGCACACCAUCAGGUCCCCGGGGCGCGGGGAGAGGCUCGCAUCCCAUCAUCGAGCGCCCGCAUGAACAAGCCGCAUAGGAAGCAGGCCUACGCAUUGCCGGUGCUGGAACGGCUGCUGCACGACGGUGAAACAUUCUCGAAGUCCGGCACCUGGGGUCGGCGGCAAGUGGAGCAGCGUACGGAUCCAGCAAGAGGGCCCUCGGAGAUGGGCGGCCGAAUCAAGCUAGCAGGCGCCGAAGUUGUGGGGUUUAGCGCGCCUGAGAGUGGUGGCUGGGUGGGACUGGGCUUUCGGGGGACGGGCUGGGGUGUGUGGUGGUCGAAGGUGGCGGGAGGCCUGAGGCCCGAGCCCGUGGCGGCGAACAGCCACACGAAAAAGAUACAACGAGAAAAGCACCGUGUCCCCGCUCGUGUGGAAAACAAUAACUCAUUUCGAAGCAGAGCACAGGCUCGGGGGCGACCAGAUGGAGCGGAAUGA